UUAUUUAAUGAUAUAUAAUGAAAUAACAAGAGGCAGUACAAGUGAUGGUCAGGUUGGCAGUCCUGUCUCAUCACAACAUUGGGUUUACCUCCUUGGUUUACCUCCUGGUUUAUGUUUUGGGAAGUAACACAUAUUUCCCGAUUUACUUUCCCAUGACGAAUUCCAGAUGGCAGCAGCUACCAAGACAACCAGCGGGACAGUGGUACACCCUGAUACACGAUUUACUUCCCUCAGCUCUCUGACUGAUCCUCUCCAGUUGUCUCCAGCAGUAGAGGGUCGGGUGGAACCGUACGAGCUGGUAGAGCUGUUCUAUGGAAGCAAUACCACAUCCCCAGCCACGCAUGCAUCUCAGCUCUCUCCCAGAUCAGCAGGAACCUCUUCUCCUGAGAUCAUGCAGGUUAUAGAACAAGCAGUGAAAGAGAAGCUUCACCCAGAUUCAUAUACUUGUGAGGUAUGUGGCCGCAACUUCAGAGAGGCAUCACACUUUACCAAACACAAACGUGGAGCCCUGUGUAGAAAAUUAGCUCAGCGUAUGGCCAAGAAAACCAAAAAGAAAAAAGGGUCGGGCAAUCAAGAUUCUACUGAAAAGAGAAGUAAACAAACAAUUCUUCAUAAACCAUAUCAAUGUAAUGUGUGUGGUGCUAAGUUCUGUGAUAAAGUGAAUGUGGAGUUACACUUGGAGAGACAACACAACAGCCGUCAGCAGCUGUGGGUUGAAAUUGCCAAGAAUGGAGGGUUCUCGUGUGCAGAGUGUGAUCGUUGGUUCCAGGACAAAGGAGAAUUGGUCGAGCAUCAGAGACAACACAUGGCAACUUAUCUCCACCACACUGAGAGGCUCAACCAUGGAGGGGAACCUCAAAGUGCCACUGUUGUGUACUACCACGACCCUCUUCAGCAAGUUCAGACGUACGGACAGCAAACACAGCCACCGCCGCCUCCACCGCCACAUCUGCCUCCGCCGGCACCACCACCAAUGGCUCACAUGCACACAAACAUGACCACCAUUCUACACACUCCUCAACUUGCACCAUCACUCAUUCCUGUAACACAACCUAGCAAUUCUCAGCCACCUCUGUCCACACUGCCUGGUAUACCAUCAAUAGGAGUCAUAGAAAGUGUAGCAAAAGGUUUAAAGAAUAAUAAAACGGAUAGAUUACCUGCAAAUAGUAAAUGGAAUAUCUGUGGAGACUGCGGACACAAAUUUGUAGAUCCCAUGAAUCUAGAGCUUCACAUUCAACGGAAACACCCAGAUUCUUACAUGAUAGAGACUAUUAAUUUAGGGGGUGGAACCAUAUUGUACAAAACCAAUAACACUCGUUCAGAUGUGCAGUGCCUCAUAACUCAGAAUGGUACCAAUUCAGAUUUAAAGUCAAACAAGACAAAUCCACAAACUUUUGAAUGUAUAUUGUGCGGGUAUAAAGCCACUUCCAAGAACUACAUUUUAUUCCACCUUCAGAACAUUCACAGCACAAGCAACACAGAGUUUAUCCAUAUUUUAGAGACCUUAGAGUCGGGGAAGAAGGGAGCAAGAGGACUGAAAGGAAGAAAAGGUGCCCAGGACCCACUUCUACGCGAACAGCGACACGUUUGUAACGCAUGCGGCGAAGUGUUCCUGUCUAAAGCCGAACUCAUUCGUCAUCGCAUCAAAGAUAAACAGUACAUGUGUGGUGUAUGUUGCCAUGCUUCUUGCAGCCAACAACAAGUAACAACACACAUGGCAACUCACCAUCCUCACCACCAUCCAUCUGUGAGUGGAGGACUGUCUUGUUGGAUAUGUGGCUGUAUAUCAGUGUCAGCUGCCAGCUUGGAUGAUCACUUAGGCACUCAUGGUACAAUAACUGCAGAGUGUGUGUCUUGUGGAGAAUGUGGAGUUAGAUUAGGGGCGCUCCUUCCACACGUAGGAGUGCACUUACCCCGGCAGUCUACUCGCAUACGUCUUACUGUGAGUAGACCCGGGCAGCCUUCAUCAUCUCACACUUUUGAGGUGGCUGUAGAUGGAACCAUCCACAGUGGGCUAAACUUAAAUCGUACAUCUCCAAUAUCCGUAGAAGCCGUGCCAACUCGUAUUGCUCCGGCUUAUGCCUGUAGUGAAUGUGGUGCUUGCCUAGCAGGAGCUGCACAGUUAGAGGCUCAUCUACAGUUACAUCAGCUUAAUACUGUUGUUACAACACAAGCUGCAGUAUCAUCAUCUAAUAACUCUGGUACUUUCACCAGCACAAUUGCCACCAUGGUGCCAGUCUCUUCAUCACUGCCACAAGUAACGGGGACUUCUGUUGGUGACGUCUGUAGAGUUCCGGGUUCCUUUGAAUUUCGUUGCGAAGAAUGUGGAUUUUGGCGGCAAGAAAGUGAACCGGUUAUGCGUCACAUACAAGCUGUACACAUGUCUGGUAACAUGCUGCACUCGGUGAAGCUUCAGUCUGGCUUGGUGCAGAUACAUCCCAUCCAUGUUGUAACACCUAUUAGCUCUCUCUCCUCACAGUGAGAAAUUGUGAAAUUAUAAGAAAAUAAAUCAAACAGGUGAUCAAAGUUAGGGCUGUUAUAGAAACUUGUCUCACAAAGGCUUAAGAUCAGUAAUACUGUAUCUCGGGUAAUUGUAAUUAAAAGGUUAUUGUCAA